UUGAUUCGAAAAAUAUGACUGAGUUUUUCCUGCUUUGUAUGCUAAACUUAGCCCCGCGUUUGAAUAACUUUGUGCGUGAGUACGAACAAUACACUCUAUAUUUAUAAUAACAGGUAACGUAAUUGCUAUUAAUAUCAAGUAACCAUUAAUGUUAGGGAACCGUUCAUUUGAUGGACUUCAAAGCCACAUUUGACUAACGUUUGCUAAGUUGAGCUAGCUAACAGUAGCCUGUGCUGUCGCAGACUGACCCUUCAAAACAAAUCACUAUUCGCUCACGGGCUAAUGUAUGUUAGCCAACACAGCUAGCUAAUAGUUAGCUGGAAAGCUAGUGACUUAGUGGCUGGCCGCUUGACGAAAAAGUCCACCAACAAUUUAAUACAGACGGAAGGAAUAGCAGCGGACUUUCAAUCAAAGGGUUAUGGUGAGCCUCUCAGCGUCUCAUCUCCUAAAGAGGCCUGCGUUUUAAGAGGAGACCCAUGCUGAUAAAUGCCAGGCCUCACCACACUCUCUGUCGUCUGCACAAACACAAAUGCCUGCCUGCCCGUGGGGGAGGUCUGAUUAAAGAUAUCCACAUUUCAUCCACUGGGCUGUGUCCCCUGUCCCAGCGGCCACCAUGUUUUGGAAGUUCGAUCUGCACACCACCUCCCACAUCGACCAGCUGCUGGACAGGGAGGACGUGACGCUGAGAGAGCUGAUGGAGGAAGAUGACGUCCUGCAGGAGUGCAAGGCCCAAAACCGUCGGCUGCUCCUCUUCCUCUCCCAGGACCACUGCAUGCAGGAGCUGGUCAGCCUCAUCACCACAGAGCCGCCUGCUGACCUGGAGGAGAGGAGUCGCUUUAAAUUUCCCAACAUCGCUUGUGAGCUCCUGACAUCAGAUGUGUCCCUUAUAAAUGAUAAGCUGGGCGGGGAAGAGUCUCUCCUUGAGAUGCUCUAUCACUUUCUGGAGCAGGAUCCACCCCUCAAUCCGUUAUUGGCCAGCUUCUUCAGCAAAACCAUCGGCAAUCUCAUUGCCAGGAAAACCGAACAGGUGAUAACUUUUCUAAAGAAAAAGGAAGGCUUCAUUGGUCUGGUGCUGAAACAUAUUGACGCCUCUGCCAUGAUGGACUUGCUGCUUCGCCUCAUCAGUUGUGUGGAGCCUGCCCCCUUGAGGCAGGAGGUCCUUCAUUGGCUAAAUGAGGAGAAGUUGGUACAAAGACUCACAGAGCUCAUCCAUACUGGCAAAGAUGAGGAGAGACAAUCAAAUGCAUCCCAAACGCUUUGUGACAUCAUCCGCCUUAGUCGAGACCAGGCCAAUCAGAUGCAGGAGAAUAUGGAGGCUGACCCACUAUUGGCUGUACUAGAGUCGCAGGAGAGUGUAGCGGGGCUCCUUAAGAACAUGUUUGAGGGCGAGAGGAGCGAGGCUUCCAUCGUUAAUGGAACUCAAGUGCUACUUACCUUACUGGAGACCAGGAGGUCUGGGUUGGAAGGGCUAAUGGAUCUGUAUUCUCAGGGUUAUGAAAGGUCUUACACUGUCAGCAGCAGUAUUUUAAAUGCCAUUGAGCCCCAUUUAAAGGACUUCCAGCAGCUUCUUCUGGAUCCCCCCAAGAAAAGUGCAAUACUGACGACCGUUGGCGUUCUAGAGCAGCCACUGGGGAACGCCCGCCUUCACGUGGCCCGGCUUGUGGCCGCCCUGCUGCAGACCAGUGCCCCCAGUAUCUGUCAGGAGCUCUGCAAUCUUUCCACCAUGAACCUACUACUGGAUCUGUUCUUCAAAUACUCCUGGAAUAACUUUUUGCACUUCCAAGUGGAGCUGUGUGUGGCGGCUAUCCUGAACCAUCCUUCCUCAGAGGAGCGGCCCAGUCCAGGCCUCCAGAACCACGACGGGAAGCCAGCAGCAUCCAACCCCGAGGUGCAGGGGGAGGCAGGGGAGACAGGCAGGACCAGUGACCCACAGACCUCCAUCCACGCUACCCUUGUGGCACAUCUGUUCCAGAAGUGUCAGCUGGUACAGAAGAUCCUUGAUGCCUGGGAGGAGAAUGAUAAAAUUCAGGCUGAGGGCGGCACCAGGAGAGGCAACAUGGGUCAUCUGACCAGAAUUUCCAACAUGGUGGUCCAGAACCUGGAGAAAGGACCAGUACAGGCCCAGAUCACUGACCUCAUCAAAGAGCUUCCAGAAGACUGCAGAGGUCGCUGGGAGAGCUUUGUGGACGAGACCCUGAGAGAGACUAACAGGAGGAACACGGUAGAGCUGGUAAGCACCCACAACAUGCACUCGUCUAGUGAGGAUGAUGACAUGGAGAGCCCCUUCCCCAACGACCUGUCACUUCAGCAGGCCUUCUCCGACUAUCAGAUCCAACAGAUGACUGCCAAUUUUGUGGAUCAGUUUGGGUUCAACGAUGAGGAGUUCAGUGAGCAUGAUGAAAACAUCAAUGCCACAUUUGACAGAAUUGCCGAAAUAAACUUCAAUCUAGAUGCUGAUGAUAAUAGUGCCAAUGCGGCUGCUUUUGAAGCCUGCUGUAAAGAGAGGAUACACCAAUUUGAUGAUGCUGAAGAAGAGGAGGACAUUUGGGAAGAGAAGGAGAUGAACUAUGCAACACAAGCUAAAUCCAGAACACGGUUUGGGGUCUCCCAGACCUCAGAGGGAGGCUCCAGGAGCAGCAUGGAGAACGGAGGCAGGGAGCGGGAUCGCGGAUCUGAAUCCGAUGAGGAUGAGGACUCUGAGCAGAACACAUCAGAUCCAGGUCCAGGCUGGACAGCAAAUUUCAGGGACUCUAGAGGGACUGCAGCAUCCCAAACCCCGGCAGGGUGGGACAGCUCAUCCGGGAGUGGAGCAGAGACGCAGGAAACUGGCUGGGCCAACUUCACUGAGUUCCAGCCUUUCUCUGGUACAGAGACGGAUCCCAGGUGCAGCUCUCCUGUGGACUCGGGCAGCAGUGAUGCAGAUAAACAAGCCAAACAAAACCACGAGAAGAGCGAUGUUAGUGCCUCGUCUGGCGCUUGGCCGGUGGGAGAAGGGAAGAAGGCUCCACUCGUGGCCUCGGACAGCAGCUCCUCCGGUGGAUCCGACAGCGAGGAGGAUGACAAAAACGCCGGCGCUCCUCCUGCCGCCACCGCAACCUGUGCCCCCGGCAACAAGACAGCUGACCUCAAAAGUGAGGAGAGUCCGGUGUCUCUGGAGAAACUCUCUCUGUCAGAUCCUCCUAAAGCGUCAGAGCAGCAGCCUGCUGAGGAUUCACCUGUAACCACGCAGACUGACAGGAAAGAGGAAACGCCACCGCCCCAGGAAGUGUCGGUCAAUGGGCCGGUGUGAGCGCGAGCUAACUCCAUCGGCGACGGCGCCGCGGACUGUCAGCCUCCUCCAGAGUGACUCCCCUAAAUAACCUCACUGCAACUACGGUGUUUUUACUGAAUCACUCUGCCAUGUUAUUGGAACUGGACACUGCCAAUCAACACCAAUAAUGAGGUGGCGGAACAUGGAAAACAAACAACAACAACAAAAAAAACAACAAAAAAGAAAAAGAAGAAAAAAACGAAUCCAACAGACAGAACGGAGUGCAGAGGAAUCAUCUUCAAAGCCUUUUUUCCGAUGUUGCACAUAAUUCUGUGCAGUUUUAAUGUAGCAGCGAUCUUUGAAACGACAGAAUCCGAGGGGUAACAUCAUCAUCCUUAUUUUUUUAUGACCUGAAAGAUUUCUCUCCUACUCGUUCAAAGCUGUUGGGAUCCCAUUGUUAGGGAUUUGCCAUCGUCACCCCUGAAUGGAUAGCACAGGCUAACUUUUAACGAUGCCUCAACAAUAAAUACCUUUUCUUUUUCUUUUUUUUUUUUUUGGAAAACAUUUUUUUUUUCCUCUUCAAGCUUAAGAAAAAGCACUUAUGCAGCCAUUUACUGUACAUUAUAGCACAAUGUAAGUGUUCUACCCUCAUCUCUGCUGGCUGUCUUAUCUGUCCGCUCACCCAGAUCAAGGUUUUUAUCCGUUUUUAUUUUCUCUCUCUCUCUCUUUGGUUGCUGUUGAUGAAACAUCUCUUGUUGUCGUACAUCACCAGGUUUCUGAAUGUUUUGAAGGAGGGUCUGUAGGAGGAGGAGGAGGAGGUCGAUGAACAGAGCUCUAAUAGUAUUACUGUCUUUUGCUCAUGUGCAAUAAUGUCAAUUAGCCAUCUUAUUUAAAAAUGAAAUCCAGCAUUGUUUCUUUUUAAAAAUCAAUCUAGCGUCGGAGUCUCAUUUGGUGUAGGUUUUGGAAAAACAAAUUUGGAUAUAAUCUCAAUUUAUCUUUCAGAUUUUUAAAAUUUUUAUUUUUUGGUUUGUUUUUUCUUUUAGUGCAUGUAUAACUGGUUCUCUGUUGACCUAGCUAGUGAGCUAAGACCUUCUGAUUGUAUUGACCUUUAAGUUCUUAUUACUAUUCCCCUUAAAUCAACCAAACAUUAUCUACCUAUAUACAAAUAUUAUCUACAUUUAAAAGUAAUUUUAAAGCAGUCUUGAGAUUACUAUUGUUGUCUGUUCCUUUUUUCUCUCUCUCUCUCCACCAAGCACUUACUCACAGGGCGAGAGUGGCAUCUGGAGUGACGCUGUAUGUUUUUUUUUUUUCUCCCCUUUUUUAAGAUUUAAUUUUAUUUCUCUGAGCAGCAGGAUUGGAACGAGGGCAGGUCUGGGUUCUGUGGAGCUCCAGGCCUCUUUGGUGUACCUACUUAAAUCAUUUGACAGCUAUCAGGUUCUACGAUCAUUGUUAAAAACAAACAAACAUUGAAAUUAAAAGUGUCUGGUUGACCACAUUAAUACCAAAAGCUUGGCUCUGCCCGUCUGAU